CCGUGAGACCCCGCCGGCCACACCUACUGUGUCUGGUAAAGGAGGAGACCGCGGAUCAACACCAUGCUGCCGUGCUGUGACUCAGACUUCACACAAAGACACGUUACUGUAGUUUGACGCUCUGUGGACGUUACAGGAUAUUUGUGCCGUUUCUCUGGUUCUGAUCUUCACUGUGAACCGUCGUCUUCUGUCAGGACCGUUAAAGAUUCUACAAUCAAACAUGUUGCAAAGCUUUGCUCAGUCGCAAGAUUGGCUUUACUCGGAGCCGCUGCUCUUUGAUGAUGAGUUCUGCCAGAGUUUGAUGAAGGACCUCCAGUCGCUGCCGACACCCCCCCAGUCCCCCCCCAUGAAGGCCGGACUGGGCAGCAGCAAGCCUCUGUCCAAGGAGGACCAGCUGAGCUAUGUGUCGGACAUCCUGCUGGAGGACCACGACAUGCAGCUGAACUGGAACUGCGACUUCUUCCACUCCACCGCCGCAGAGAAGGAGGGCGAGCCCAGCCAGCCCUGCCCCCCCCUGGAGGAGAGCGGCGAGGACUGUCUGUGGCAGUGUCUGACGGCGGACAAGAGUCUGGAGGAGAAGCUGGUGUCCUCGGUGCUCGGCUCCAGCCCCCUGCUGUCUGACAUCGACACCAGCAUCUUCGAGGAGAUCGCCGGAUCCACACUGGACUGCCAGAACCUGAUGGACACCCAGGAGACCAGCGAGGCCACGUCAGACUACGGGUCAACAGGCGGCGAGCUGUCCACCUACUCCUCCAGUGACUCAGAAGAAGAGAUCGACGUGGUGACAGUCGUCCGCUGUCCCUCCAGUCCCUCCCCUCUGACCCCAUUGGCUGACUUGUCUGUCCGUCAGCAGAAACAUGAAGAGGAGCAGCGGGCUCUUCAGCGCCACCACAUCGAGAUCCAGCUGCAACACAACUACGCUGCUCCCUGUCCCGCCUCGCCGCCUCCUUCCUCCUCAUCCAACAAGCGCUCGAGAGGGAGCGACGGCUCCUCACGCUUCCACCACUCCUCUCGCAGCUCAUCCUCCUCCUCCUCUUCCUCGUCCUCGUCACGGUACCACCACCACCACUCGUCUAGGAACUCGACAGAGACGGAGGAUGAGGAGGAGCGACGCCGGACUCACAACGUAAUGGAGCGGCAGCGACGCAACGAGCUGAAGAACUGCUUCAUGCGCCUGCGAGACAACGUGCCGGAGCUGUCGCACAACGACAAGGCGUCGAAGGUGGUGAUCCUGAAGAAGGCCAGAGACUGCAUCUACAGCCUGGAGGACGAGGGACACAGGCUGCAGACCAAGAGGGACAGACUGAAAGCCAGGCAGGAGGAGCUGAAGGCCCGGCUGGAGCAGCUGCACAGCUAAUGGACCACUGUGUGUGUGUAUGUGCUUAUGCUUGUACAGAGACAGAGGGAUGGGCGUGUCAUGCUGAAAAGAACGCACAACGUUUGACAUUUUAAAUACUUGGUAACGAGGAGUCCGAACCGGACUCAAACACAUCACACUCAUCAUUCUCAGGCCGACUGCUGACUGUUAGAGCAGAGGAGACAAGGAGAAGAGGACAGAUGUGGAGGAGAUGAGGACGGAGAGAGCGGGUGUUUGGCUGGACACACACUGACAGGACCAGGUCUCCAGGACUUGGUGGGUCAAAUACCUGGAAGCCUCAGCAGCUGAAUGAAACUUGAAUAUUGUGUUUUCAGGAUGUCUUGUAGCCAUAGCAACCAGUAAUCCCUCCUCUCUGCCAGGUGUUUCAGGUUCAGGUGAAUGUUCGUCAGUGUGUGUCCAGCUCAGGUUCAUGUGUUAUUGAUGAUACUGUAUUGAUCAGGUUGGAUAUUGUUCACAGCUCAGUUCACCUCAGCUCUCUCUUACCUCUGUGUUCAAGUGUUUGUCCGUGACGAGUCGCCUUGGUAACCAGCCUUCAGGUUCUGAGGGACUGAGCUGGAAGGAGAACUGGACUGAGCCGGACUCGCAGUCAGACAGGAACCUCUGUUUUAUUUCCAGGCUCUGGGUGGGGGAAGUUGCAGCAGUGAUACUGUGACAUGUCGUUGAGCAAAGCGGCCAUUUUGAAUUACUUAAAACAAUUAAAUUCCCAGACGACCAUUAUCCAGUGGACAUUACCGAAACAUGACAGAUGUUAGUCAGUGGCCCUCACCCUGUCUCUGUUCACAUGAUGAUGACGAUGAUAAUGUUGACGACGACGACAUCUGAACCGUGUGAAAUUAAUGAGGGCCACUGACUCUGACCAGCAUACCCCUGUUCAGAAUCGACCGUCUUAGAUGUGAACACAUGAUGUAACAGUGAUGAUGUUGGAGGUCAGAGGUCAUCUUCAGGUGAAUAUCUUUGGGCUGGAUCUGAAGUUGGAUGUUUAAUGGAUUUUAUUCUGAAUAUUAUUAUCCACCAAUGGUUCCAUUAAUAUACUGUUUUAUAAUGAAAUGAACAUACAACACAAGGUUUGUUUGUGUCAAAUGUCUUAAAGAAACGUGUUCUUCCUCUACAGUCUGAGUGUACUUGAACACAUCGUGGUUGGUAGGAAUAAUGACAUGGAGGUGUUUAAUGGUAAAAACCUGCUCUGCCUUGAAAUGCAUUCAGUUCAGGACUCUGUUUCCUUGUUUGUGUUGCUGUCUGGUUAAUUCUUCUUCUUCUUCUUGCUCUUUGUUUCCUGAGGUUUUAACCAGACAGCAGCUUCUUUUUCUCAGCAUCAUCAAACCUACCUCCACCUGGCUGCAGUCGGGCUCUGUUUUUUAUUAUUGUACAGAUUUUGUAAAAUAAAUAUUUUAUGUAAAUA